UCGUUUUAAUCUGUGUUGACAGUUUGCCGCGGGAGAUCGGCGUGUGCGCACGUUGUAUGUUGUUUACAGGUCUAUUUUUAAAAUGAUUGGCUUGAAGUUAUUUUUGUUAUUUUACCUCGCCGUCGCGGUGCAUUGCCAAGGUUCCAACCCUAUUGUGAAAGUGGCGAGUGGUAAUUUACUAGGAACCUGGAAAGUAUCAACAAAUGGACGUCAUUAUGCUAGUUUCGAAGGGGUGCCUUACGCGAGACCACCAGUCGGCAAAUACAGAUUCAGAGAACCCCAACAGUUGAAGCCAUGGGUCGGGACGUGGGAUGCAAGCAGAAUUCUCAGUCCGUGCCUGCAAUACGAACCCUCAAUGAAGACUAUCCUGGGUAGCGAGAACUGUCUCUUCCUCAACGUGUACACCCCAAAACUGACACCAGGGAUGAAUCUGCCCGUGGUUGUAUUCAUCCACGGCGGCGCCUUCAUGUACGGCGCGGGGGGUAUUUACAACCCCUCGCACCUUAUGGACCGAGAUGUGGUCGUGGUUACACUGAAUUAUCGAUUAGGUCCAUUGGGUUUCCUCAGCACUGGCGAUGAACACGCUCCUGGUAAUGCGGGGUUAAAAGAUCAAUCAUUCGCUCUACGUUGGAUCCAAAACAACAUUAUUAUGUUUGGCGGGAACCCUGACAGCGUCACGUUGACCGGAUGCUCCGCUGGCGGCGCUAGUGUACACUACCAUUAUCUGUCUCCAAUGUCUAAAGGUACAUUCACUAGAGGCAUCGCUUUCAGUGGCGCCGCUUUCAAUUCUUGGACCCACGCAGUGAAACCACUACAAAAGGCAAAGGCACUGGCGGCCAUCGUGGGCUGUCCGACGACCAACAACCGAGAACUGAUCGACUGUCUCAAGUACAGGCCUGCUGAAGUUAUAGUCAACGCUCAGAUCGAGAUGAUGGAAUGGAAAGUGCACAUGUUCACGCCCUUCACACCGACCACUGAGGCAGCUACAGUGCGGGGUCCGUUCCUGACGCAGUACCCAUACCAGGUGGCGCAGGCUGGCGCCAUGCACCGGCUUCCUCUGAUCACAUCCGUCACUUCAGAAGAAGGACUGUACCCAGCUGCUGUUUAUCAAUCGGACCCUAACCUUCUUACGGAACUGGAGAAUCGGUGGGAACAGCUGGCCAGCAAUAUCUUCGAAUACAAUGACACCUUGCCUUUGAAUCUCCGUGCGAGCGUAGCCGCCAAGAUUAAGCAGCACUACCUUGGAGGGAGGCCAGUGUCACAGGAGACCUACCCACAGUUAGUCAAGGCGUUAGGAGACCGUCUCUUCGUAGUGGAAGUGGGUAGACUGGCUGAGCUGCACGCGCAGAGGUCUGGACAGCCGGUCUACGUAUACCGGUUCUCUCACCGAGGAUCCACGAGUCUCUCCAGUCUGAUGGCUGGCAAUGAUAAUAAUUACGGUGUAAGCCACGCCGACGAUGUGUUCCAUAUCUUCGGAUACCCUGAGCUGGCAUUUGAUUCCACUGAAGACAAGAAGAUGCGGGAGGCCCUUAUCAACAUGGUCUACUCUUAUUCUACUACUGGUACUCCGAAACUUACCAACAACGGUCCCACAUGGCUACCAGUGACACCUGGAUCUCCAGAACUGAACUACUUGGAAAUAUCCUCCCCGAAUACCUUCCAGAUGAAGUCCAGCAGUGACUUCGGACAGAGAUCCUUCUGGGACAGUAUUGGAUUCUUAGAGAAUGAUAAAUACCAGGUUUACGUUAGGGAUGAACUGUAAUGUUUCAUUCGAAGAAAUUAAUAUAUAGACUGCAUACAUUUUCUUGUACAAAUCUAUCUAUAGAUAGCCCAGGUACCUAUUUUUACCAAAAUAUGUGUAAAAUUCAAAGAAACCAAAUACUAAGGAUUAGUGUCAUAACAUACUGAUUAGUUUUUUUUUUUUUUUUUAUUUUACCUACAUACGUAAAAUAUCUACGUAAAUUAAAAUAUAUACCAAUGCGGCCGCUGCUUUUGUUAUACUCGAAUAAACAUAAUUAUGCAGUAUAAAAUUUUAACAAUUCCAUUAUACCUUUUUGUACAAUUUAAAUAAAUAUGUAUAAGCAAAA